AUGAAUCCUUCUUCUUCAGCAACACAAACGUUCGAGCGCAAGGACCUUGAUGUGACUGAGUUGAGCGACUUGGCAUCCUCUGCCAAGUCUGUUGGCCAGACGGGCAGCUCUGGCGUCCACAGGAGAACCUCCACCUCCAUUCCCACCAACAGUGUUGCCCCAUUAUCAGACUCGGCCAACAUUCUUCCUCUUGUUCCCGAGUCGCUGCCUACCACGCCAGGCUACGAGCUGGGCAACAAUGCAUACUUUGACCAGCACCAGAACACCUCGUACUUCGAUCUGGCCUCUACAAAGGAGCUGCUGCCCUCCACCAAAACCAUGCCGAUUCCUCCUGCACAGCAGCCUUCCUCCAGCUUCACGGGCGAGUCGAACUCCGGUUCGGGCGCCAAACAUAGAGUCGAGGGCGGCAUGACCCUGGUCAACCCACCAAAGAACCGGUGGAGACUCAUUUCCGUGGUUCUUUGGGCCACUUCAGCCGGCCUAUCGGACGCAGCACCAGGGGCUUUGUUGCCAACGAUCGAAAAAUACUACAACAUCAGCUACGCAGUGGUCUCGUUGAUCUGGCUGGCAAAUGCGGUCGGGUUCAUUCUCAUUGCGCUGAUCUGUCCAAACAUGGAGCCCCUGCUGGGCAAACGGAAAAUGACCGCUGGUGGCUGUCUCGCUCUCGUGGCAAUGUACGCCUGUGUCAGUCCGGGCUACAAGUUCCCUCUUGUUGUUGUUGGCUUUUUCUUUGGCGGCCUCGGACUCGCAACGUGCCUGUCACAGCAAAACAUCUUCCUGUCCAAGUUCAACAAAUCCUCACAAUAUCUCGGCUACUACCACGGUGGUUACGGUCUGGGAGCCUGUAUUGGCCCAUUGAUUGCCACGGGAAUGAUCGAUAGAGGCGUCAAAUGGCACUUCUAUUACCUCAUCCUCCUGGGAAUGUCCAUGUUCAACUUCUGGAACCUGUGGUUCUCCUUUGGAGGAGCAGACGACGACCUCAAGCCUUGGGACAACUGGGAGCCAAAACAAGAAUCUUCCGCGUCCGCUGAUCCGGUUGACGACGAUGGAAAGUUUACCAUGCUGGAAGAAACCUUGGGUUUCACCGAAACCCUGAGACAGCAGGAACAUGCUACCGAAACGAAGGAGGCCAGUUUGCUGAGUCUGUCUUUGAAAAACUGGAGAACCUGGCUCCUGGCCCUGUAUGUGCUGUUCUACCAGGGAGCAGAGGUGUCCAUGGGAGGCUGGAUCGUCACUUUCUUGGAAGACUACCGUGAUGGAAGCGUUUCGAGCAUGGGUUAUGUGUCUUCCGGAUUUUGGGGUGGUCUCACCAUCGGUCGGUUAUUCCUCACAACUUUUAUCCACAAAUACAUUGGAGCUAAAAGAGGUGUCUUUUUGCUCAUGGUUGGCGCCAUGGCCACCACCAUCCUGGCCUGGGUCAUCCCCACUCUGAUCGUCGAGGCCGUGUUUGUCUCGUUUGCCGGUGUUUUCAUCGGACCAAUCUACCCACUAAUGAUUACCAUUGCUGUGAGAAUCCUGCCCCGGAAAAUCCAGGUUAUCUCUCUCACCAUCAUGACGGCCUUUGGAUCCUCGGGCGGCGCCUUGUUCCCGUUCCUGGUCGGUCUGAUCUCCCAGUACGCGGGCGCCUUCGUGUGCAUGCCGAUUAUCCUGGCCCUGCUGGCCUGCACCACUGCUAUUUGGUUUAUUCUUCCAAACCCAGACAGACCAAAGCUGGGCAACGUUUUACAAAGAGUCUGGUGA